AUGGGUGCAUACAGUUCUCUCGCACUGGCGCACACCCCUGCCAAACCGUUCCAAAAAUUAAAUGCCCACAUGGUUUUGUGUGGGUGGAGUAUACAUGUCUUAUUGGGUCAGAAAGUGGUCCGAUUUUACUCAAAACAUGGCAGUUUGCAGAACGGACGCCAAAUACUUGAUAAAAUGUCUAAAAGACUCGCAUUUCCAUGGAAUGCAUUACUUAGUCAGUAUGCCUGCAGUGGACAAUACGAUGAGGCUUUAUCAAUCUAUUUCAAAAUGCUAUCAGCGGGUAUAUGCCCAGAUAAUUUCACCUAUGCCUUUGCGCUCAAGGCGUGCGCCGGGUUAUCCGCAUUGCGACAGGGCCAGAAGAUUCAUGGCCAGAUUGUUGUAUCAGGUUACGAGUCGGAUGUUUUUUUGACAACUACCCUGGUGGAUAUGUAUGCUAAGUGCUUAAAUACAGAGGAUGCGCGCCAAGUGUUUGAUGAAAUGCCUCGGAAAGAUGUUGUUUCGUGGAAUGCCAUGAUUGCUGGGUAUGCCCACAGUGGACGUGUUAAUGAGGCAUUGAUGCUAUUUUAUCAAAUGCGGUGCGAAGAUGUGGUACCUGAGUUGAGUACUAUGAUGAACGUUCUUCCCGCGUUUUCUGAAUCGGGUGAUCUCCGACAGUGUAAGUGCAUGCAUGAGUACAUAGUUAGGAAUGGGUUUGAUUUAGAUUGCUUUGUGGGAAGUUCUCUGAUAGACAUGUAUGCUAGAUGUGGGAGUAUUAAAACUGCACGUCAAUUAUUUGACAAAAUGUCACAGAGAGAUGUGGUUUCAUGGACUGCAAUGAUUGUUGGGUAUGUCCAUAAUGGAUAUGCUAGGAAGGCUUUAACACUUUUUCAUCAAAUGGUACAGGAAAACAUCGUACCUAAUUCGACUGCUAUUACCAGCGCAAUCUCAGCCUGUGGCCAGUUAGGAGCUCUGGAAGAAGGGAAGAGGAUCCAUGACUACAUAAGAGGAAAAAAACUGCAGUUGGAUGUUUAUAUUACGACUUCUCUCAUAGAUAUGUAUGGCAAGUAUGGUAGUGUGGAGGUAGCUCGACAACUCUUUGACAAAAUGGCUAAAAGAGAUGUAGUUUCAUGGAAUUCUAUGAUAGCUGGCUAUGGACUACAUGGGUGUGCCAAGGAAGCAUUGGAGCUUUUUUCCCAAAUGCAAUGCAUGGGAGUGAAGCCAAACAACGUCACCUUCAAUAAUAUUUUGUCUGCAUGCAGACUAGCAGGCCUUGUUGAUGAGGCCUACCAGAUCUUUGAUUACAUGACUCAACAUUAUCACAUUGAACCUGAUAUGCAGCACUAUGCAUGCAUGGUUGACCUUCUUGGCCGUGUUGGGCUUCUGAAUGAGGCACUGAGCUUCAUAAAAAAGAUGCCAGUUGAACCCGAUGAUGGUGUAUGGAGGAUCCUCCUUCGUUCCUUCAAAAUUCAGAAGGAAAUUGGGCUAAGAGAAUAUGUUUCAGAGUGCUUUUUGGAGUAA